ACGCGCAUCAAAAGAGCAGUCUCUUCGUCACUCCAAACAAAAUUAUGAUUUCGGGACGCCAUGUUUUAAGUGAAAUGUAUUACACAUGCGCGGCUGUGUGCACAAGCUAUCAUACAGUGUUCUCACUUCUCAUAAACGACCCACGAACAAUGCCCACGAAUCCUUUCUUAUCCAUUAAUAAGUGCUACAAAGCUAAAUAGUGUGUAAACGGAAAGCGUAAACGCUCGAGUUUUAAACGACUUGUGUAAACACCUUCGCCCGUGCAAGUUUUUGAGCGGACGAAAACUUAUCCGGUCUCGUGUAAACGUAGCCUAAGAAUUAAAGGUUGAAAUGUAAGAGUUACAUGGCUGAAAUGGAUGUGUUUCAUCAUAUUUUGUACUACAUGAAGUUCCUUGCUGCUAAGAAAAUAUGGCGUGUCUUUUGUUUACAACCUACGACCAUGCGUAACGAUAGAGAAUAAUGUCCAUGAUCAUGUCUGAUAGAAAGAAACGCCACCAUUUCGUGCAUUAUGAUUGGCUGGAAAGUCAGGAAGGAAAAGAAUUCCUUGGCAUUCUCUUAAGACGAAAUAAACGAAGAAUAUUCGGAAUUUUGGAGAAACCUGCCCUCCCGUCUGGUAUAGCUCCUCCGAUAGUCCCAUACAAACUGUUACUGCUUGGAAAAGCAGCUGUUGGUAAAACAAGUACGGUAGCAAAGCUUGCUGGAAAAGAACUUGCUUCGACGUACGCUGAAACUCCUGGGAUCCAAACGACUUUGAUAUAUUGGCCUGCAAAGUUAAUAUCCUCGUCCGAAGUCGUUCUAUUUCAACUUCAUUUCUGGGAUGUUGGAGAUUACGCGAUGAAAAAGUUUGAACACAUCAAAAAAUCUUCACAAAUGAAACCGGAUGCCGUGAUAUUCUUCUUCUCUUUUAUAGACAGAGCCAGUUUCGAUGAUUUGCCGUUCUUGAUCACCAGAACAUGCGAAGAACUGGAUGAGCUGCCGAAAAUAACUAUUGGGACUAAGUUUGACAAAGUACUCCAUAGCGAGGUCACCGAAGAAGAACUUCGUGACUUUCAAGAGCAAUGGCAAAUUCUUUUGAAAACUUGCAACAAAGACGGACGCAAACUGGCUGACGGGAGCCUAGAUGGUCGUGCUGGUUUAAUGGAGGUCGCGCCAAUUCUCAACAAGAUUGUUGAUGUUUUGUUGAAAAGACGCGAGGAGAAAAGCUCCAAUCAACAAAAAUCACCAAAAAAACAGCCGAUCGGCAAUCAAGUUUUAGUUACCAUCGAUGUAAAUGAUACUGUGAUCAGGAAUGGUACUGUGAUCAUUAAUGGUACAGAUAUCAGGAAUGGUACUGUGACUAGCAAAGGUACUGUGACUAGCAAUGGUACUGUGAUCAGGAAUGGUACUGUGAUCAGCAAUGGUACUGUGAUCAUUAAUGGUACAGAUAUCAGCCAUGGUACUGUGACUAGCAAUGGUACUGUGAUCAGGAAUGGUACUGUGAUUAGCAAUGGCACCAUUAGAAAUGAUAUCGUGAUCAGAGACAGUCGUGUUCUGAAGUAG